UUCUUUAAAAAUUCAACAUUUAAUGUCCAAUUUAUUAUUAUGAAUCAGUGAAAUUAGUAAAAAAAACACUCAAAUGUAGGUGAUGGUUGACACUUAUUAAAGGAAAUAGCUAACAUGACUAAAUGUAAAAUUUGUUUCCAGUUGUCUUCUUACUAAUGACGAAUAACAACUCUGUUUUAAGCUCAUUUUUUUUCAUAAUACUAUUAACGUCAGUAAUGUUAAACGCAACAGCCUGUUAUAUCAUUUUGCUUAAAGUAAAGAAAAAAGAAAUAACGCAUCUGUUUAUUAUCAGCAUUUCGCUUAUAAAUAUGCUGGAAUCAAUAGUUGGAUUUAUUCCUGAUAUAUUAACAUCUGAUGGAUCUUUAAUAAAUCGAACACCAUUGUGUAUUUCAAGCGGCUUUACAGUUUUUGGAUGCGCCAUAACAAGUAUAACUCACAUUACAGUGCUUUCUUUUAUUAGAACACUUGUCAUAAAAUAUCCUUUUUUUUAUCACAAAACUUGCAAGAAGAUGUGGGUUAAGGCUACUUUAAUUGCAAUGUGCUAUUUGUACGGUUUUAGUUGGGCAACGUUUCCAUUGAUUGGUUGGUCUAAAUAUGAAUUAGAUCUUGAUAAAAAGAGGUGUUCAUUGGAUUGGAAAUUAACACAAUCAGACUCUGCAUCAUAUUUUUUAACAAUUUUAAUAUUUUGCAAUUUAUUGCCGGCUAUAGUUAUAUCAACAACGUUAUACACCAGCAGAAAAAUUAUUUCUAAAAGAAAUGCGCGUGAAGAUUGUCAAAACCAUCAAGCAUCGCUUGAUAUUUUAGAAAAUGAUUAUUUAAACGUAUGUCUUUUAUCAACAGGAACAUUUUUUUUCAUCUGGACACCCUACGCUGUUAUUGGUUUUUUAACAAUACUAAAGAUCGUUAUACCGACGCAGUUGGUGACAGCAAGUGCUAUAUUUGCAAAGUUGUCUACUAUUACUAACGUCAUCAUUAAUUGUUUUAUUGUUAAAUCAUUCAAAAACUAACUCCUUGAAUUAAGAUUAAUUCAAUAUAUUCGAAAUAUAAAUAAUAAAAACUCAGCGGUUCAUCCAUGUGAUGAUUCAAAAAUUAAUUACAGUUAAUUGCACCAGUGUCAUGAGAUAAAAUUUUAAGAACAAUUAAUUAAAAUUAAACACUAACCAUUCACACGAUUAAAGAAACAACAAAGUUUCCAAAAUUGAAGAAGUUAACAACAAAAUAAUCAGGAUCAAGACUUAUUUAUUUCUUGAACAUUCUUUAUUGAUGGGCUAACGCAUCUUACGUUUAUUAGUCAAUCUAUAUUCAUGUAAAUAUAUACAUUUUAUAUAUGUUAUAAUCAAAACAUGGUAGAAUAUAGCACUUUGUGGGGUAAACGAGCAUCCAUUAAAUUUAUUUUUUUUUUUUAAAUAUCACGUCAUAUAAAUAUGUUUAUUUUUAUAAUUAGUUUGCAAUUAUUUAAACUAACAGCAAUACAUCUUUUGGAUAAUCACAAGCCUUUGUUAAACAUUAUUUCAAACCUUUUUGAAGAAAAUAAGUAACAAAUAAAAAUAAAACAAAUUUUAAAAC